CUUAUUUACAGAAACGAGAUAUAGAGGUGCUGCUAUAUUAGGCAAAGUGCUCUUGUCUCGGACUGGAGCACGUUUGCUGAUUUGAUUCUCCGAAGAAUCCCUUCAUGGUCUUUCUGAGUGUGUGCCUUCCUAAUAACCCCUUAUAUUUCACAAACAAUCAUGAAAUUUUUAUCAGCACGCUGCUUCUUGCAGCUGCGCUGGAAUGAGAGGAUUAGAGCGUGUCGAAACUAGGCUGCCGUGCACGAGACGAGCGCAGGAUGCUGUAAUGCACAGGUUAAUUUCAUUAAAACGCCAACCCGGGACCGGGAGAUGCCGCCGGGGGAGCUUAUCGUUCAGCUGGCCGACGGAAGGGAAGUCUCAGCAAAAUACGACUCGAGCAGCCGGCUUCACGAUGGCUUCUUCUGAAGUACGAUGUCUCGGAGAAGCUGGGGAAUCUCGGCCCCCAAUGGGCAGGAUAAUGAUGCUGGCGAGGAUGUGAGGAAAGAGGCUGUGGAAGAGGAGGGGGAAAUCGCUGAUCCGUUUCCAGCCAACGGAUUCCAUUCGAGGAGCGACACUUGCGACGCACACAGGUGCCCGUUUCUUUCCAGUGUGGGUAGUAAAGGCGUGUGAGUGUUUGUGUAUUUGCAGUGGUAUAAAUGAGUGAGAUUAGAGAUGUCAAAAGGGGACAACGCAGCCUCCAUCAUAGAUUGAUUGAUUGAAAGGCUGAAAACAGCAGGGUGAAAGAGCAAGAGGGAACAGAUUCCGAGAGGGUGAUAAAUACUCAUAAGGCACAGCGCUGCUUUUCCGGUCAUUGGGAGAGAGAGAGCGAGCGAGAGAGAGAGAAACAUUUGUGUGACGUGUGUGUGUGUGUGACAGCGUUCCCUCAGUGCGUAGCAGAGAGACAGGUCUGUGCGCUGACACUCACUCCAACGGGCUGAUGCACUCUGGAGCUGCGAGCAGGACCCUCUGGGAGACGUGUGCCGCUCGAACUGUCGGAGAUGCUGUGAAGACUCGGAGCUCUGCGCUACACGUGUUGAAUUGCAUACCUGCGUAUCCCUCUGCAUCUUAGAACACUCCACACGCUCGUGCAUUCGCUCAAACCAUGGAUUCUCUGGCCAACGACACGGACGGGCUGGAGAACUCCUUGAAGUACUCCAAGUGCGACCAGACGGAGAAAAUGUGGAUUAGGCUGAAAGGAAUGCAGAAGUACAAACGCACAUCUCAAAGAUUGAGAUGUCUGGUGAAGCAGCUGGAUAAAGGGGAGGUGAAUGUCGUAGAUCUGAGGAAAAACAUUGACUAUGCCGCAUCGGUUCUAGAGGCCGUGUACAUCGACGAAACUAGGCGGCUUCUGGACACUGAGGAUGAGCUCAGUGAUAUCCAGGCAGACUCUGUGCCCAUGGAGGUGCGAGAUUGGCUGGCCUCCACCUUCACCAGAAAGAUGGGAGUGGUGCGCAGACGGCCCGAGGAGAAGCCCCGGUUCCGCAGCAUUGUUCACGCCGUUCAGGCUGGGAUCUUUGUUGAACGAAUGUACAGAAGAACAUCCAACAUGGCAGGGUUGACCUAUCCACCAUCUGUAAUUGCAGCUCUAAAGGAUGUUGAUAAAUGGUCAUUUGACGUCUUCACGCUCCAAGAGGCGAGUAGCGAACACGCUCUGAAGUUCCUGGUGUAUGAACUGCUCACCAGAUAUGACCUGAUCAGCCGCUUCAGGAUACCAGUGUCCUCCUUGGUGUCAUUUGUGGAAGCUCUGGAAAUGGGCUACAGCAAGCACAGAAACCCCUACCACAAUCUGAUCCACGCUGCUGAUGUGACGCAGACGGCACACUAUCUGAUGCUGCACACGGGCAUUAUGCACUGGCUCACUGAACUGGAAAUAUUGGCCAUGGUGUUUGCUGCUGCUAUCCACGACUUUGAACACACUGGAACGACCAAUAACUUCCACAUCCAGACCAGAUCAGAAGUGGCCAUCCUGUACAACGAUCGCUCGGUUCUGGAAAACCACCAUGUGAGCGCAGCCUACAGACUCAUGCAAGAGGAUGAGAUGAACAUCCUGGUCAACCUCUCGAAAGAUGACUGGAGGGAGCUGCGUACGCUGGUGAUUGAGAUGGUCAUGAGCACAGAUAUGUCCUGCCAUUUCCAGCAGAUCAAGACGAUGAGGAACACGCUGCAGCAGCCGGAGGGAAUAGACAAGGCUAAAGCGCUGUCCCUGAUGCUGCACGCGGCUGAUAUCAGCCACCCCGCUAAGGGCUGGAAGCUGCACUACCGCUGGACACAAGCUCUUAUGGAGGAGUUCUUCAGACAGGGUGACAAGGAGGCAGAACUAGGGCUGCCGUUCUCUCCACUAUGUGACCGGAAAGCCACCAUGAUUGCCCAGUCUCAAAUAGGGUUCAUUGAUUUUAUCGUCGAACCCACGUUCUCUGUUCUGGUCGACACCACAGAGAAGAUUAUUAGUCCUCUCAUAGAGGAAGCUGUCAAAUCUGGGGGUGUCCGCAGGACGAGUUUGACGGGUCGGGGCUCGGCCACAGUGGUGGAGUCGGUACAGAGACACAGCGGUCGGGGUUCGAACGACGAGCAGGGAGGCACUACAGACUACUCUCUGUGUGGCAUCGACCUGAAACAAGUCCGAAACCUGCUCUCUGAGAUCAUCCAGAACAACAAGGAGCGCUGGAAAGAGCUUUCUGUUCAAGAGUUGGCCAAUAAGCAACAUGAGAGAAUGUCAGACCUGGAAGAGGAGUCCAUGAGGAACACACAAGUCACACUGUCCUGCAGCAGUCCAGCCAGAGGGAGUCUCGACUCGGAGUCAAAGUCCCUGAAUGAAAUUAACAACACGGACUCAACUCACUCUUCCCAGGACUCUCUGGACCAGAGUUCCCAGUCCCCUUUGGAGGGACCGGGCGACGGUUCAUCAGAGGAACACAGCUCAGAAACUCUGCCUUGGAACGGUAAAAGCGCCUGACGUCACACAAACGGUACCGAGCCUGAAUGUUUUUAAUCAGAAACAGGACGAUGUACAUAGCAUUGUCCUCAUUGUAUUGUAAUGCUAUUAUACUCUCGGGCUCAGAGGGCUAAUUGUGCAGACGGACGCACGGAAUGUCCACGGAGCGACUCCUAGAGACGGUAGUGUGCAAUGUUGUCAUGGCGACUGUGUUAUUGCUGGAGACGGACCUCUAUCAUCCCUUGAGGAGGAUUUAGCGAGAACCUGAAACGCAACCUAUUUGCUACCCGGGCUUUUUCCUGUUUGUUCAAUUAGGUUUUUUUUCUCUUUUUUUGUAUUUUUUUUUCUUUGUUUGUUUGUUUGUAGACUGUGCCGUUAUUUAUUAAAGAUUACGCAGCUACACUUUGCACCACAAUUAGUUGCCGUAUUUUAUUCUCGAUACGGUCAUGCUUAGCAGCUGUUCGUGGCACAUUAGGUCAGAAUGACUGGAUUAUUUUACUUCAUUCUGGCAUGAUGUGUCUCUGUAGACUUAUGAAUGUUAUUCCCUCCAAUUUCCAGAACAAUCCAUAAAGAGCUUAUUUUUUAUUAUUGUAGCAUGACACGUAUAGUAAUUGCAGCUGUAAAAUUUUAGUAGAACAUGCCGCCUAUUAAAUCAUGAGCCAAUUUUUACCUAACAGUAGAAGUAUAUGUCCUCAAGGGGGCGAUAUUUCAUUUUAACAAAAAAACAUGAUGUCCCUUCAAUCAUGCUCUCUAAAUGAACAGAACUGUGUCCCUUUAAAUCCAUACAGUAUUUUAGUACAUGGCAGUGUCUAAAUAAAUGUUACAUACAUUUGGCUGUGUUCGGAAUGGAAUACUAGCUUACUGUUCAUGGAAUACUGUGCAGUAUGUACUGUUUAAAAUAGCGCAACAGAAUGCAUUUUGUAACAAUAAACGUUUAAAACAGUAAUAUGCUCUAUUUUGUAUUUGAAAAUCUAGUUUUGCGUAAAAACAAAUGGGGUCGAAUUAAGCACAUUGCAUUGUGGAAUACAUUAUUCAGUGUAUACUGCACAUGUGGCACAUUUAGUUGAUAAUUUGAGAACUCAUGCAUACUGUGCCCUAUAUACAUACUGUACUAGAUACUACAGAAACUGCUUUUCUGAACACAGCCAUUGUGCAUUACACUGUUCGUCGGAAUCUCACAUAUGCUACCAAAACACUGUAUCAUGUUUUAUAAUGUUUAUGUGAAAAUACUGACCAAUUUUUUUGCAUUAUAUAUGACAUAAAUGGCCGAAAACAG